UGACAGCUUGUCUGUGCAGCCCCUGAGCUUGGUCUGAAGAGUCAAAAUCAGCAUAAUAUCACUGUGAAGAAGUCGCGUGCUCACCAGCGGUAAGAGAAUGUAGUGGUCGUCGUCCAUUCUGUCCUUUCAUUAACAAUGUUUUAUCCAACUACUCUGUCGCUCAUUACUUCACUUUGUAUACUGUUCGUAGGAGCUAUCGACACCACUAGCGUUGGUGAUCUCUCCCAUGGCUCCGAUCUACUUUCGUUCAUUACACGACCAGAUAUCCGGGCUCCUCGAUGGAAUGUCACGAAGCAUCACCCAGAGCUGAUUACUCCUGGUUACUGGUUUGUGGGCCCAUACACCAACUGGGCAACGGUCCCAGAGCGAUUAGAGUAUCUGCCUUUCCAAGUUGGACCGCACAUCUACGACGAUAAUGGCGAUCUCGUCUGGAGCGGCGCAGCUCUGGCUCACAAUCGCAAUGCGUUCGACUUUCGAACCUUUGAUGCCAACGGAUCAACUCACUUGUCCUACGUUUUGCAUUACAGCACCAGAAAAGGCGACGAAGAGCAGCACGGACUUGGCGUCUACCUCGAUUCAUCCUUUCGCCGGAAAGGCCGAGUCACUCAUGAUAUUGGGAUCGAAUUCAAUUUUCACGAGUUCGAUCUUCGCAAUGACGGGAAGACGGCAUUGUAUAUCUUUACGGAUCGACCCGUGAAAAAAGACCCGAUCAGCGGCAAAUCUGGAUAUGUCUCGCACGAUUGCCUCAGUGAGCUUGAUAUAGUCACGAAUCAGAAAAAAUUCUGGUGGUGUCCGCUGGACCACGGUGUUACACUGAACGAAACCUACCACCAAACUCCAGACAUGUCAGCCAUAACUGAAAGAGGACCAUGGGACUUCUUCCAUGCAAAUUCGAUUGACAAAUUCGCGGACGGCGACUAUCUGUACUCUGGUCGACACGCAAACACGGUUUACCGCGUCAACCAUACGGACUCAUCCAUUGUAUGGCGCCUCGGUGGAAAGAUAUCGGACUUCUCGAUGGACUUCAAUUUCUCUUCUCAACAUCAUGCAAAAAUACACUCUGAAAGUGGCUCAACAGUGAUCCUGACGCUCCUGGACAACGCAGCCGAUGAUAAAGGAAGGCAGCCCAACACUGCGAAGAUUUCUUCUGCCAUGAUGGUGGAAUUGGAUACGAGCACAAUGACUGCAAAGCUUCUGAACGAAUGGUACCGUCCUGAUGGCAUGAUCAGCGACAAACGCGGCAAUGUGAACAUGAUGCCGAACGGGAACGUCUUCGUGGCCUGGAGCGACAGCGGAUACAUGACUGAGCACACAAGUACAGCCGACAAGAAGCUCGUCUUGGAGGCAAGCUUUGCGUCUUCUCGGUUCUCGACGUAUCGAGCAUACAAGUCGAAUUUCACGGGCAAUCCCAUCGAGCCACCGACGAUAAAAGCGUUCGGCAUACAAGCCGACAGUGACUCAAACUAUGCUAUGACCUCGUUUUACGUUAGCUGGAACGGGGCCACGGAAGUCAAGACCUGGAAGUUCUACGUAUCGCAAAACCGGACGCAGGAAUCAUUCGAGUGCGUCGGGACGGCCAACAAGACGGGAUUCGAGACGACCUUCUCGGAAAAGGGGACCUGGAAGUACGUAUAUGCGCAGGCUCUUGCGGCAAAUGGCUCGAUGCUUGCCAAGAGCAAUGUUGAAAGGACAUCAGCAUGGCCAGGAUCACCUCCAAAGGCCAAGACCGAACCCGCAACCGGGACUCAAGGUUCGAGGAUUGCUUCGACUAUGAAAUCGCAACUCGAGCACAUGAGUUCGGCUGCUGUUGCCGGAUGGGUGUUUUUGAUCAUGCUGAUGCUGCAAGUCGUGCUAAUGGUGUUCCUGUACCGUUAUCGGCGGCGUCCUCGUUACAGCCGGGAGGACGAUCAAGUUGAACUGCUGUCGAAGACUGAAUUUACGGAUUGAUUGUUCUGCCUUUGCAAUGCUGGGGUUAUGUGUUACGAGAAACGAAUAUAUUCUUAUUUUUAUAUAUAGGCCGGUUCGCCGAGAGUACGAGUAUUGUGUUCAUGCAUAUGAAUGUCGGUUGGGCAUUGAGUUCCCUGUACUGCGUAUGAGCAUGAGCAUGAGCAUGAGCACGAGCCUGAAAGGCAGAUGACCUCGACCGUUUAGCCGUGCAUGGAGGCACGUUUACAAGUCGAGCCGGUAAGCACUAUUGACUCGUUGAUCAGGGCUGCUCGUGGGAAGUGGGAAUGUCGUGGCUCGUCUCAACAAGCC